UCUGCGCUCGAGUUCGACUUUCGCAGUUCGCACUUUCGGACGUGAACUCGCAGGAUUGCAGGCAACGAGACCACUCGCAGUCGUUUGUGAGCGUUCGCAGCGCCAGCAAAGUGUUAAACGAAAAGCCAACAAAGCAAAUACAAUUAACCAGAACUGGAAGCACGUCCACAAAAGCAGCUAAGUGCAGACCAAACUCGGAGUUUUCCAGCCAGGAGACAGGAACAGAGCCAACCAGACAAGUUGCAAAGGAGCAGAAAAGAGUGUGAACAAUGUGCGCCGCGCUGCGUCGUAAUUUGUUGCUGAGGAGCCUCUGGGUCGUCCUGGCCAUUGGCACCGCUCAGGUUCAGGCCGCCUCGCCGCGAUGGGAGCCCCAGAUUGCUGUUCUCUGUGAGGCCGGACAAAUCUACCAGCCGCAGUAUCUUUCCGAGGAGGGACGCUGGGUGACGGACCUUAGCAAGAAGACAACCGGUCCCACAUGUUUGCGUGAUAAAAUGGAUUUGCUUGAUUACUGCAAGAAGGCCUAUCCCAACCGAGACAUAACCAACAUUGUGGAGUCGUCCCACUACCAGAAGAUCGGUGGCUGGUGUCGCCAGGGGGCAUUAAAUGCGGCUAAGUGCAAGGGAUCCCACCGAUGGAUCAAGCCAUUCCGCUGUCUCGAAGGACCAUUCCAAUCUGAUGCCCUGCUAGUUCCCGAGGGCUGUCUGUUCGACCACAUCCACAACGCCUCUCGAUGCUGGCCAUUUGUGAGGUGGAACCAAACCGGAGCAGCAGCUUGCCAGGAGCGCGGAAUGCAGAUGCGCAGCUUCGCCAUGCUUCUGCCCUGCGGGAUCUCGGUCUUCUCCGGAGUGGAGUUCGUCUGCUGUCCCAAGCACUUCAAGACCGAUGAAAUUCAUGUAAAGAAGACCGACUUGCCGGUGAUGCCGGCAGCACAGAUCAAUAGCGCCAAUGACGAGCUGGUGAUGAAUGACGAAGACGACAGCAACGACUCGAACUACUCGAAGGAUGCCAAUGAAGACGAUCUGGACGAUGAGGAUGAUUUGAUCGGUGAUGAUGAGGAGGACGAUAUGGUGGCGGAUGAGGCAGCUACCGCAGGCGGAAGCCCCAACACCGGAUCUUCAGGUGACUCGAAUAGCGGAUCUUUGGAUGACAUAAAUGCUGAGUACGAUAGCGGAGAGGAGGGUGACAACUACGAGGAGGACGGUGCUGGUUCCGAGAGCGAGGCUGAGGUUGAGGCCUCCUGGGAUCAGAGCGGAGGGGCCAAGGUUGUGUCCCUAAAAAACGAUGCCUCAUCCCCGUCCAGCGCUCCGGUUGCUCCCGCCCCCGAGAAGGCACCUGUGAAGUCCGAAUCGGUCACGAGCACUCCUCAGCUGUCUGCCUCUGCCGCUGCUUUUGUAGCUGCCAAUUCUGGAAACUCGGGAGCCGGAGCCGGAAUCGGAGCACCACCAUCCACUGCACAACCCACUUCGGACCCCUACUUCACCCACUUUGACCCGCACUACGAGCACCAGAGCUACAAAGUAAGUCAGAAAGAAGCCCAACAGCGCCUUGAGGAAUCGCACCGCGAGAAGGUCACGCGCGUUAUGAAGGACUGGUCCGAUCUCGAGGAGAAGUACCAGGACAUGCGCCUAGCGGACCCCAAGGCAGCCCAGUCCUUUAAGCAGCGGAUGACGGCUCGCUUCCAGACUUCUGUUCAGGCACUCGAGGAAGAAGGCAACGCCGAGAAGCACCAGCUGGCCGCCAUGCACCAGCAGCGCGUUUUGGCCCACAUCAACCAGCGGAAGCGCGAGGCCAUGACCUGCUACACCCAGGCCCUGACUGAGCAGCCCCCGAAUGCCCACCACGUUGAGAAGUGUCUACAGAAGCUGCUGCGCGCCCUGCACAAGGACCGGGCCCACGCCCUGGCCCACUACCGGCACCUUUUGAACUCUGGAGGACCUGGUGGACUAGAAGCAGCUGCUUCGGAGCGUCCACGCACUCUGGAGCGCCUAAUCGACAUCGAUCGAGCCGUAAACCAGUCGAUGACCAUGCUCAAGCGCUACCCAGAGCUCUCCGCCAAGAUUGCCCAGCUGAUGAAUGACUAUAUUCUGGCACUACGCAGCAAGGAUGACAUUCCCGGUUCCUCGCUGGGAAUGAGCGAGGAGGCGGAGGCCGGCAUUCUGGACAAGUACCGCGUCGAGAUCGAGCGCAAGGUGGCCGAGAAGGAGCGACUGCGGCUGGCGGAGAAGCAGCGCAAGGAGCAGCGUGCCGCUGAGCGGGAAAAACUGCGCGAGGAGAAGUUGCGCCUGGAGGCCAAGAAGGUGGACGACAUGCUCAAGUCACAGGUGGCCGAGCAGCAGUCCCAGCCGACUCAGUCGUCAACCCAAUCUCAGGCGCAGCAGCAGCAGCAGGAAAAGAGCCUACCCGGCAAGGAGCUGGGUCCCGACGCAGCUCUGGUCACAGCGGCCAAUCCCAACCUAGAGACCACCAAAAGCGAGAAGGAGCUGUCGGACACUGAGUAUGGCGAGGCAACAGUGAGCAGCACCAAGGUGCAGACCGUGCUGCCAACGGUCGACGACGAUGCCGUCCAGCGGGCGGUGGAGGAUGUAGCCGCCGCCGUCGCCCACCAGGAGGCCGAGCCGCAGGUGCAGCACUUCAUGACCCACGAUCUGGGCCACCGCGAAUCGAGCUUCUCGCUGCGCCGCGAGUUCGCGCAACAUGCACACGCGGCCAAAGAGGGCCGCAACGUCUACUUCACGCUCUCCUUUGCCGGGAUCGCCCUGAUGGCGGCCGUUUUCGUGGGCGUGGCCGUGGCCAAGUGGCGAACAUCGCGCUCGCCGCACGCCCAGGGCUUCAUCGAGGUCGACCAGGUGGGUUGUCAGAACGUCACAACACACCAUCCCAUUGUGCGCGAGGAGAAGAUCGUGCCCAACAUGCAGAUCAAUGGGUACGAGAAUCCGACCUACAAGUAUUUCGAAGUGAAAGAGUAAGCGAGAUGGCGAGAUGGCAGCAUUGACGCGGCUGGCAAGAGCGAGCGAGUGGCACACAUCAACAACAACAGUAAACGCAACUGCAGCCACCGCGAUUUAAAAAUGGAAAAAAUUAAGCGUAAUAUUAAAGCAGAUGGGAAGAGAAAUGAUUUUUUUUUUCGUCAAAUGAGCGCAGUUUCAAUAAGGAAGAAUGAAAGGGUAGGAGAAAGAUAAAUUCAAUAAAUGGUAAUAUAUCUAUAUAUUAAAUUAAAGCAAGCAAGCAGAAAGGCAACAAUAUAAAGCAAGCAAUUAAAUUUAAGUAUUUGAAUGUUUAACAAAACGCCGUAAACAUCCUUUCUAGCUCUCUCUUUCUCUUCCCCUGUCUCUGUCCCAUCACCACACACACACACAUCAAAAGAUGGCACACACUCACCUCCAACUUUGUGAUUCGUCUUGAGCGCCAGCUACGCAAAGAGAGUAGAAACGCUCAAGUGAUGAUCAUACACGUGGAGCGGGGGAGGAGAGGAUGGAGAAGAGCGAAAGAGCAAAACAAAAGAUAUUCCUAGUAAAUAAAUUGUCAACACACACACAUCCACAUUCAAACACCGACUCACCCGCAGAACAGUCACACCCCCACUCACACAUACAGUGCCAGGAACCCGCGGACGAAGACACAAACGCAUUCAUGCCUGCUUCGUAGCAUAUUUUUGAGCGUUUCGUGGCGUUAGAACGCUUGCAAGCCGAUCGCAAUUAUAAGCAAAAACCUACGUCAUUAAUUAGAGCGGGAGCGCGAACUAGAAGAGGAAAGCAGGAGGCAGCAACACCCACACACUGACACGGAAUCUCGCACACUGAGACACUUGUGAACCCAAGAGCUACCUACGCGUACUAAUCCCUAUUCGAUCGUGCAUAUGCGCUUCUUGUGCAUAUGUCAAACUUUCUCUCUCUGUAAGCCACACACACUCACCAGAGAAGGGAACAGAACACACAAACCACACACAAGCCACACACGCAUACACGCAAAAUAUAUACAAAAUAUUUACAGCAAAGCCAGAAGAAAUGUCCAUAAAUGUAUUUAUGUAUCUAUACACGAGCCACACAAAGCAAAGGUAGAAAGUCAGCCAGCUAGGGAAGAAUCACGACGCUUGGCGGGCUUUGAAUAUAAUAUACGAAUCAGCUAUGUAACAGAAACAAUGCAAAACGCUAAGCUAAUUGCAGACAGAAACAAAAGAAGGAAAACCAAAUAUUAAAACGAAAGCGAACAAAUUUUAGAACUUUUUCUGCAUAUUUUGUGUGUAAGUCGAUGGUCGAACAAAAACAACAAGAAGAACAAAAAGGAUUUCUCUCUUUUUUACGUACAUUUUCACCGAAAAGACAGCACAAAACAAGACAGCAGUCACAACUCACAGCUCACACCCAUACAGCACACACACACACUGAACGGAGCCAAGUAGAGUUGAUUUGAUGCAUUUCAUAUCGAACGCUUCGCAAGUGUUGCAUAAUUGCCUUAGAGCCAACUGCGGCAGAAAUCAGAUAAGCGGGCUCGGCGAAUCGCAAAAUCCAGGGAGCUCGCAGCUCGGAGACGGCACCACCUGGAGUGGACGCUCCAAAGAACCCGAGGCCCAGAGAUAAACCAAUUCGAAACGGCUAGUUCAUUUCAUGGCUCGAUUGCUUGG